AGACGAACAAAUCGUCACUAUACGAUUCAUUUUAAUGGAUAUUUAUUUAUAGAAUUCAAUAUCUAUAUGAAAUGGAAAAUUUUAAAAAAGUAAAUAAAUAAAAUGUUAAGAUAAGAAUAUGACUAUAAAUAUGGUAGAGAGAAAGAGAAACCAUCAGUCAGCCAUGAAAGGAAUAUACAGUGCUUUAGUUCUCGCUGUCUCUACAGCUUUCCUUCUACAGCUGGUUUCUGUAGAGGCUGCUGUACUCAAGACUGAGGUCGCGGCAGGCGAUAAAGUUCACAACUUCAUCUAUGGAACGAGGUCAUAUGGCGACAGGCUUCUCUACCACGAUCUUCUGAAUGUCAAGUCCAAACUGUGGCGAGUGACGACCGUGGACGUAAACUAUCCACCAAAGGGACAAGCUCCUCUGGGAAGAAUCGAUUACAUCGAAGUCUUGGACCAAAGAUCAGAUGGAACCGGAGGAUACGUCUACAUCAAGGAUGGUGGAAUUGGACUAAACUUUGUUAAUCUACAUAUCAAAUCACAAAGAAAUCAUGGAAUGGAUUUUGUUAUAAAUGUAUACGGUCACUAAUAUAUUAUAUCACAUCUAUUAAAAACAAAUAUAUUAAAAAUAAAUUUUAUGAAAAAGAU